UGGUACCACAUCAUCCCGUCACCCUCAACCGAUGAUAAACCGGCUAAAAACAGCUGGAAACGGAGCAGAAGUUAGUCGGUAGGUCCGUUUAGCGCGCUCACUUUUUUAUUUCACUCUCCGUUACAAAUCUUCCAGAAACUUCGGGAGUCUUUAGCGGAAGAAAAGCUGAUAAACAUGAACGAGUCUGAGCUGUAUCCUCGGCUGGAGGAGUACGACUUCGAGCGGCGUUUCGACGAAAGACAAGCCUUUCAAUGGAUGCAGGAAAACUGGAACAAAGCCUUCAUGUUCUGUGGCCUGUAUGCUGCCUUCGUGUUCGGCGGUCAGCACUUCAUGAGGGAGAGGCCGAAGUUAAACCUGCGGCGCCCGUUAGUGCUGUGGUCACUCAGCCUCGCCAUCUUCAGCAUCAUAGGUGCACUCAGGACUGGAUAUUACAUGCUGCAGGUCAUCACAACCAGCGGCUUCAGACAGACGGUGUGUGACACCAGUUUUUACAGCGCGCCCGUCACCAAAUUCUGGGCUUACGCCUUUGUCCUCAGCAAGGCCCCCGAGCUGGGUGACACCGUGUUCAUCAUCCUGCGGAAGCAGCGCCUCAUCUUCCUGCACUGGUACCACCACAUCACCGUGCUGCUCUACUCCUGGUACUCCUACAGGGACCAGGUGGCGGGCGGUGGCUGGUUCAUGACCAUGAACUACGUUGUUCACUCUCUCAUGUACUCGUACUACACGGCGCGGGCGGCCGGCUUGCGGGUGCCCCGUCCCUUAGCCAUGAUCAUCACGGCCUCCCAGAUCCUGCAGAUGGCGAUGGGCCUGACCGUCCUCGGCCUGGUGUACUGCUGGAUGCACGAGGUGCGCUGUCCGUCCAACAUGGACAACAUCACGUGGGGCUCUAUCAUGUACCUCAGCUACCUGGUGCUUUUCGCCAUGUUCUUCUACAACACCUACCUCAGAGGCUCCUCAAAAGGCUCCAAGGCGGAGUAGCAUGUUUUUAUCGUGUUAAUGAAGCGCGCCAUGCAGCGAGGGGCCGUCAACAUGUGAGUCACACGGAGCUACCUGGCUGCUCGUCUUCCUCUUUUCAUGACACUUGACUUUUUAUCAGCGUCUGUAGUUCAACACACCGAUGCAUCCAUGGAUUUAGAGCGGUAGUUAACCCUUUGAAACCUGGAGCGACAUCACUUCACACACACACCACAAGUAUUAAA